AUGACAAACCCUUCUUUAGUGCUUAACAAAAUCGACGACAUUUCGUUUGAAGAUUACGAAUCCCCAGAAAUCACCUCCCCCAGAGACGUUAUCGUCGAGGUAAAGAAAACCGGUAUUUGUGGGUCAGAUAUCCAUUACUAUGCCCAUGGCCUGAUCGGGCCUUUUGUUUUGAGAAAACCAAUGGUGUUGGGCCACGAGUCGGCCGGUGUGGUUGUUGCCGUUGGUGACGACGUAACCAACUUGAAAGUGGGCGACAAGGUCGCCAUUGAACCAGGUGUCCCGUCAAGAUACAGCGACGAGUACAAGUCAGGAAACUACCACUUGUGUCCACACAUGGCAUUUGCUGCUACGCCACCAGUCAACCCCGACGAACCGAACCCACCAGGUACUUUGUGCAAAUACUACAAAGCUCCAGCUGAUUUCUUGUUCAAACUCCCAGACCACGUUUCUUUGGAGUUGGGCGCUAUGGUCGAGCCAUUGACGGUCGGCGUGCACGCCUGUAAGUUGGCCAACUUGAAGUUUGGCGAAAACGUUGUUGUGUUUGGGGCUGGCCCCGUUGGGUUGUUGACAGCUGCUGUUGCCAAAACCAUUGGCGCCAAAAACAUUAUGGUCGUCGACAUUUUUGAUAACAAAUUGCAAAUGGCAAAAGAUAUGGGUGCUGCCACCCACACCUUCAACUCCAAGACCGGCGACGAUUUGGUAAAAGCGUUUGACGGUAUUGAGCCUUCGGUGGUCUUAGAAUGCAGUGGCGCCAAGCAGUGUAUCUACACCGGUGUCAAAAUCUUAAAAGCCGGCGGCAGAUUCGUCCAGGUCGGUAAUGCUGGUGGCGACGUCAACUUCCCAAUUGCCGAUUUCUCAACUAGAGAGUUGACUUUGUACGGGUCGUUCAGAUACGGGUAUGGCGAUUACCAGACCUCAAUUGAUAUCUUGGACAAAAACUACAUCAACGGCAAAGAAAACGCACCAAUCAAUUUUGAGUUGUUGAUUACCCACCGGUUCAAGUUUAAAGACGCCAUCAAGGCCUACGACUUGGUCAGAGGCGGUAACGGCGCCGUCAAGUGUUUAAUCGAUGGCCCAGAAUAA